AUGACGUGCAUUGCUGUAAUUUUGCACCACUAAGACCAUGCAGACGGUAUAAACUGUAUACUUUUUGGAGGUGACCAUGCGGUGGAGAAGUCCACAGAUCACAAAUAGAUAGCGUGUGGGAAAGGGUCUUCGUGGGGAAAAUCGCUCAGAUUUUAUUCAAAUUGUGUUUGUCUAUAGUUGACUAAAAGUUGUUUCAAGACGGGAAACUGAAAAUCUUCGUAAAUUAGUUGACGAAGAAUAGUAACAUUUUGAAGAACGGGUACAUUUUAAGACUAAUUAGACAACCAAGCGUCGUACACUUUAGUAAAAAAUAUUAGAACAGCGUGUUUUGCUUAUGUCGAUUGUUGGUUUCUGAUUGGUGAACUUUUAAGAGGAGUAGCUACAGUUGCUAGAAGUUACUUUGAAGAACCAGUUAGAGGCAACUGGCGAGUCGAUUGUCAAUGCUUGUUGUUUGUUGCAGUUUAACAUGGGCGAAAAAAACAACAUCGAUGGUGAAAUUAAAGACAGUCAAACUAUUACGGACGUGGAAAAACUGAGAAUGAUGAACUGCCUCGACCCCACCGUACACACAGAACAAGGGAUAAGCUUGAAUGUCAACGAACCGUCUCAACCCACUCGUCUAUAUAAGCGGCGAUGGUUUAUUGUAUGCUUGUUUAGUUCUUAUUCCUUGUGCAACUCUUUCCAAUGGAUACAGUACGGAAUAAUCAACAAUAUCUUCAUGCGGUUCUACAAUGUCAACACUUUCACUAUAGACUGGAUGUCUAUGAUCUAUAUGUUAACUUACAUUCCAUUCAUAUUUCCCGUGACGUGGCUGUUGGAUAAAAAGGGACUUCGGGUCAUUGCGCUGGUUGCGACGGCUUUGAAUUGCGCUGGGACAUGGGUCAAGGUAGCCAGCGUCAGACCGGACCUGUUCCCAGUUACCAUGCUUGGUCAGUUUUGCUGCUCCUUGGCGCAGGUAUUUAUCCUCGGGAUGCCAUCGAGGAUCGCAUCGGUCUGGUUUGGGUCAGAGGAGGUGUCAACUGCAUGCUCCAUUGGAGUCUUUGGAAAUCAGCUGGGUAUUGCCAUUGGGUUCCUUGUGCCACCUAUUCUUGUACCCAAUGUUGAAGACAUGGAGCAGCUUUCUUAUCACAUUAGGAUCAUGUUCUACAUAACAGCCGGAGUGGCCACGCUACUCUUCAUUCUCGUUGUUACUGUGUUCCAGGAGCGCCCUGAACUUCCACCUACCCAGGCCCAGGCCACGGCUCGGAGCAUCCCCCCAGACCAGUACUCCUACACUGCCUCCAUCCUCCGGCUGCUCCGCAACAAACCCUUCAUCCUCCUCAUCAUCAGCUAUGGACUGAACGUGGGUUGCUUCUACGCUGUGGGCACUCUGCUCAACCGCAUGAUCAUUGAACACUACCCUGGAGAAGAGUUGAAUGCUGGGAGAAUAGGCCUGACGAUCGUCAUUGCAGGCAUGGUCGGCUCCCUGAUCUGCGGCAUCUGGCUCGACAGAACCAAAACCUACAAACAGACCACGCUGGCUGUUUACCUCAUGUCACUGGUGGGGAUGGUGGUCUAUGCCUUAACUCUCAGUCUAGGCCACCUGUGGGUGGUCUUCAUCACUGCUGGAGCUCUCGGGUUCUUCAUGACAGGUUACCUGCCCCUGGGGUUUGAGUUUGCUGUGGAGCUCACCUACCCAGAGUCAGAGGGGACCUCGUCAGGGCUUCUCAAUUGCUCAGCGCAGGUGUUUGGGAUCAUCUUUACCAUCUGCCAGGGAAAGAUCAUUGAUGAAUAUGGCACGUUGGCAGGCAACAUUUUCCUCUGUGUCUUUCUCCUCAUUGGAACGAUCAUGACAGGUUUUAUCAAGUCUGACCUUAGGAGACAGAAAGCCAACCAGUUGGCUAAAGCAGCGCUGCUUGUCUGUUCGUCGUUAUGAGUCGUUGUGGUGCAGUUCGGUAGUAACAGACAGCACCACUUUAUAUAUACUGCAUGUAGUCCCGAUAGGGGCUGAUAACAUGCCCACGGAUACGUGAUCAUGUUUUCGAGGAUCCGUCUACAUCUUGAAAAGUAUGCUGAAGGUGGUAUUAUAGCGUAGGUUUAUGAGGCACUGGCCUUACUUGAUGACUAACAUGCUUUGGUAAAGUGACUAAAUCACGAAUCCCUUUUUUCAACAAACCAAACUUAAGUCAGGAUGUCAAGGGGAAAUGAUUGGUCAUGCAAGACAAUGCUAACGCUAUAAAAGUUUUGUGUCACUCUUAUUAUCCAAACUCAUUAUUCACAUUGUUAUUUAUACUAAUCUGAAAUUAUGAGCAUAAGACAGUGUUUUACCUUUAAUGACAUUGAUUGAAAUUACGCUGUUUAAUCAUGAAUUUUCACAUUGAUUCACUUUCCUCAAUCAACAUGACCUUGAAAUAAUGUCAAUUCCAGCAUUGAACGCUUGUCCCUGGCUAAUAUUUCAUCGUAAGAAAUUGGAAGGGAAGAAAGACUACGGAAAUCUGGUAGUAAUUUAGUGACUUUGUACAAAAGUUUCUGGUGUAGUAUGAGGUUUACUGUCACAGCCAUGUUUCACAGCGUGGCCGAUUUCUUUUCAAGAGCUGUCAAGUAAAAGCUCAACACAAACUACAAUUAUAGCCUUGCUUAAACAAGCUAAUUGCUAAAGUAACAUGUAAACUAUUGUGGUAAUUAUGGGUUUGGACUUUCGUGGUUAAUUACAUACGUCAAUUUUAGGAUAUACCUUGGUAUGUAACCCCAUAAACAGAAAAUAUAGGACCCUAAAGCUGGUAUUGCAGACAGGACUCAUGGGAAAACAAGGAGAGACGUGCUAGCUCCACCCAGUGGACUGAAACCGCAACUCCAGACAUUCUGUGACCCUUAGCUGUCGUUCCAGGCGGAUGGACAGAUUGCGGGGCAGGACUACGGGGCCACAGCUCUAAUCAACCCAGCACCGCCUCCUCAGUCUUGAUCAUUAAUCCCACCCAUCUACCACCCCCACCCCACCCCCCCUCCACCCCCCCAAAUCUUUUUCCUACUUCUUCUAUGCUCUACAAACAGAUGGUUUAAGGUAGGGGCAUAUCCAAGCACCCACAAUCACCACACCCUUCCCUGUGAUUGUAUCACAUCUGUCCACCCUUACCUGACCUCUCACUUUUCCCUUUCCUUUGAUCUGACACACGUUAAGGAUCCUUAAUCAGUCAGGCACAGCCACCUUAGAGCUCUAGACUUCAAACUAGUCAUGCGUUAGACAGAGGGACAUUUCACACAUAAGGAUUCCCACAGAGGUUGCGAUUGCUGACUGGCUCAGUUUGUUGUGUUGAAUUGUUACUCGUUAAGGAUUGUUUGUACAGCAAGUGUACAUCUGUGGGCUAAUGUAUUGAGCCUGCACUGUAAAAUACCCCUCAUUCUGAGGACAUUUGUACGUGGUUUAGAUUGCUCGUAACUUAAAUGAAAACCACUUGAUUGGGCAGUAAAUGAGCAGUCAGGGCGGAUCCGUUGGCUCUAAAAGGCUAGAAUAGAAUUGCAGCUAUGUACAGUCGAGUGUCUGUUUGAUCUUUUCAUUAAUCCCAUGCCCUUAAACGUGUUAUUUGUAUGCUGUGAUGCAAAUAGUUUACUACACGUUUACCACCUUUAAUGUUUACUACCCUUAGCAACCCACUAACAUUAAAUGUUGUAUGUGUAGGUUGGAGAUUUGCUGUUAAUUAGCACUAGACAAAGUUGCAAUUACUUAUCGCUAGAUUGAUUAUAGGAAUUCAAUAGCUAAAUAAAGUCAUUUUAACUUGUUUUUGAUUCUUUUUGUUACCAGGAACCGUCUGAAAAUCAGGAUGGAAGCGUACCUAUGCCUGCAGUUCUAAAUGAAGCAAAGCUUUAGAAUAUGUGUUGGAAAUUACCAGCAUAUUACAAAAAUAAUAUUGUAUUUUUUGAUAAUAUCUGGGGAGGAAUAUAGUGCAAUCAGGAAGUAUGUAAAACAACUUCUAAAUAAUUCUAUAGAGCUUCUAUAUUGUACUUCAACUUUACUGCAGUGUUUAUUACAUUGCUGAUUGACAAUAUGGAAGAUUUUACAUGUAAUUUGCCCUUAAAGUUUUCUAAUUAACAGUAGUUUGUUUAAGCAUUUGUGCUGCAUCUACCUAACAUUUUUAAUAAUAACACCACAGAUACAAAAUACUGGAUUUUUACUAUGACAACAAAGCUUUAACUUUGGAGUAUUUUACAAUGCUGAUCAAAUUAUGAUAUUAAUUGGUAUUUAUCGAAGUGAAUUGUUAUUACAUCCCAUUUUUCAAGGUGUAGCAUUUUGUAAGAUAUUUUUUACUACCUGUAAAAUAAAUGUUUUAUUUAGUUUGUUAUAGUUACAAUACACCAAGAUUUACUGUAACUGCACUUUGGGUGGUGUAUGUCGGUUCUUCAAAAAACAUGUAAUAAAAAAAUACUUGAAUCUAA